AUGUCUGACGUCCAAAAGACUGUUGAGGAGACCCCCGCGGUCGUCCCUGCCACCGAGCCCGUCGUGGAGACCCCCGCGACUGACGCGACUGAGGCUCCCAAGGAGACUGAGGCCACCGAGCCCGAGACCACUGCCACCCCCGCCGUUGAGAACACCGAGGCUGCUGAGCCCGCCAAGGAGGAGGUAAAGCCCGCCACUGAGGGUGUUCUGGGAUACAAGGCCCCCGGUCUGGUCAAGGGUUUCCGUUUCGCCAAGCGCUUCUUCUACUUCAACGAGGAGGCUGUUGAGAGCAAGCAGCUCUCCGUCUUCCACCAGAACGAGAAGGCCAACGUCGCCAACCCCACCGCUGCCUGGGCCAGCCAGACCGGCAAGGGUCUGCUUUUCUUCACCAAGCGCGCUGAGGAUAAGGCCACUCCCGCUGGUAUCUUCAACCUGUCUGAGGUUUCCGAUGUGACCAAGGAGGGUCCCAACGAGUUCCUGUUCAAGGUUGCCGGCCAGAAGCACACCUUCCAGGCUUCCACUGUCGCCGAGCGUGACAGCUGGGUUGCCGCUCUCGAGUCCAAGGCCACCGAGGCCAAGGCUGAGAAGGAGUCCAUCGUCUCCAGCGAGGGCUACAAGGCCGAGCUUGAGAAGCUGACCAACCCCGCCGCUGCUGUCUCUGCCAAGAAGGCCGAGGAGAAGAAGGAGGAGACCCCCGCUGAGGCCACCGAGGCCCCCAAGGAGGAGGCCAAGGAAGAGAAGAAGGAGGAGAAGGCCGCUGCCAAGAGCCGCUCCCAGUCCCGCAAGCGCACCAGCAUCUUCGGCACUCUUCUCGGAAAGAAGGACGCCGAGGAGAAGAAGGAGGAGAAGGUCGAGGACAAGGAGGAGACUCCUGCCGCUGAGGAAGUCAAGCCUACUGAGCCCGCCACUGAGACCACCGUCGAAGCCACCCCCGCUGCUGCUGAGACCACCGAGGCUGCCGCUCCUGCUGCCGCCCCUGUCGAGGCCACUGAGGAGGUUAAGGCCACCGAGCCCGCUGCUGAGACCCCUGCUGAGACCGAGACCCCCAAGGAGGAGGCCAAGGAAGAGAAGAAGACCGAGAAGAAGGCCAAGCGCGCUUCUAUCUUCGGUAACUUCUUCCAGAAGGUCGCCAGCCCUUCUCAGGAGAAGUCCGAGAAGGAGGCCACCGCCCCUGCUGCUGAGGAGACCCCCGUUGCCAGCACCGCUCCCCAGCUUGAGAACCCCGUUCAGGAGACUGCUGCCCCCGCUGAGACUACCGAGGCUGCCCCUGCUGAGGCUGCCGUCGAGACCCCCGCCGAGACUCCUGCCGAGGCCGUCUCCACCCCCAAGGAGAAGCGUCGCACUUCUUUCUUCGGCAACUUGGGCAUGAAGAAGGAGAAGAAGGCCGAGUCCUCCGACAACGAGGGCACCGACGGUGAGGCCAAGGAGACCAAGGCCAAGUCCAACAAGCUUGGUGGUCUCUUCCGCAAGCCCAGCAAGGCUGUCAAGCUCGACAAGGAGGAGGUUGCCGCCGCUGAGACUGAGGCUAAGGCUGACAAGGCCGAGGAGGCCGCCCCCGCUGUCCCCGCCAAGGAGACCGCUGAGGAGGCUGCUGUCCCCGAGGCCACCACUGCCGCUCCCGUCGAGGCUACCGAAGAGGCCAAGAACGUCAACGUUCCUGCCUCCACUCCCGUCCAGGCUGCCGCAUGA